AUGGCCACGAUUCGACCUGCAGAGCUAUGCGACGUCGCAUUUAGGUCAUUUGCAUUGCAGGGCAAUGCGACGGCGACAUUAGGUCACGAUUUGCCCUGCAAAGGCAAUGCGACCAACAAACAGGCGGAGGUGCAUGGGCAGGGGGGAUCGCGUGGGCAGGCGAAAGCACCUGGCUCACUUCCGCCUCGCUUACCUCCGCCUCUCUCACACUCCGCCUCGCUCACCUCCGCCUCUCUCACGCUCCGCCUCUCUCGCCUCCGCCUUUCUCACGCUCCGCCUCUCUCACCUCCGCCUCUCUCAUGCUCCGCCUCUCUCAUCCUCCGCCUCUCUCACCCUCCGCAUCUCUCACCCUCCGCCUCUCUCAUCCUCGCCUCUCUCACCUCCGCCUCGCUCACGCUCUGCCUCUCUCACCCUCCGCCUCUCUCACCCUCCGCCUCUCUCACCUCCGCCGCUCUCACCUCCGCCUCUCUCACGCUCCGCCUCUCUCACCUCCGCCGCCUCUCUCAUCCUCCGCCUCUCUCAUCCUCCGCCUCUCUCACCCUCUGCCUCUCUCACCCUCCACUUCUCUCACCCUCCGCCUCGCUCACCCUCCGCCUCUCUCACCCUCCGCUUCUCUCACCCUCCGCUUCUCUCAUCCUCCGCCUCUCUCAUCCUCCGCCUCUCUCACCUCCGCCUCUCUCACCUUCGCCGCCCAACGUAAUUCCUCCGCCUCUCUCACCCUCCGCCUCUCUCACCCUCCGCCUCUCUCACCUUCCGCCUCUCUCACCUACGCCUCUCUCAUCCUCCGCCUCUCUCACCUCCGCCUCUCUCACCUUCGCCGCCCAACGUAAUUCCUCCGCCUCUCUCACCCUCCACCUCUCUCACCCUCCGCCUCUCUCACCCUCCGCUUCUCCCACCCUCCGCCUCUCUCACCUACGCCUCUCUCAUCCUCCGCCUCUCUCAUCCUCCGCCUCUCUCAUCCUCCGCCUCUCUCACCCUCCGCCUCUCUCACCUCCGCAUCGCUCACCCUCCGCUUCUCUCACCUCCGCCUCUCUCACCUCCGCCUCUCUCACCUCCGCCGCCUCUCUCAUCCUCCGCCUCUCUCAUGGGGAGAUACAUCGACAGGGGGGUAGCUUGUGUAUGGGGAGAUACAUCGACAGGGGGGUAGCUUGGGUGGGUAGCUUGGGUAUGGGGAGAUGCAUCGACAGGGGGGUAGCUUGGGUAUGGGGAGAUGCAUCGACAGGGGGGUAG